CGUAUUUGCGUAUACAAGUACCACUGCAGCUGUGUCAAGUGUUAGAUUAUCCUGUCUGCCAAGUGUGAAAACUGGUGAUGCGGAUUUCUGCCAUUUGACUUGUUAUUUUAUUGUAAGGUUUGGGCAGUGGAGGAGAAGGAGGGGUUUGUCAACGGAAGACGAAGUUUUUCAGGUUUUCUGAAUCUGAAAAAUGAAAAUCGAAAGUCAGAAUGACAUGCGAUACACCACACGGAAACUUCUGCGCGAACUCACAACGGGUUUGAUUUCACACUAGGCUACUAAUAAUUAUUAAAUCAAAAAAAAAAAAGGAAGUAAAACCCUCGCAAGAGAUGGAAAAGCGCGCUACGCAGCGCCUUUACGGUAAAAACUGUGCGUGACGUGACGUGAGCGCUAACGGAAGCCGUGUGUUUGUGCUCCUGGCUCAACAAUAAGUGCUGCGGUCGGCUUAGCAUUUAAGCGUCUCACCUUCAAACAGAAAGUGAAAGUUUUUCUUGGCUAGUCAGGAAGGAAACCCCGACGACAGACAGUGACUGCUGCAUCUGGGUAGUCCUUAAAAUGCGUGUACAGCUCAAGCAGGUCAGUCAGCCUCGGACACCCAGGACGCACUGGAUAUGCGCGCGGCGACCCUAACUUUCCUUUUCAUCAUCUCUGAAUACUCCACCAUCACAGGAGGAGAUGGAAAUUGUGGGGCUCCUCCAGAGAUUGCAAAUGCAGAGAAAGUAAAAAAUAUCACAAGUCCCAAGUUCCGCAUGACGUGUAAAGAAGGAUACCUGAGAGCAGCUGGAACUUCCAGCCUCUUUAAAUGUAGAAAUAACUCAUGGGAUAACAGUCCUCCUCUAGUAUGCAAGCGUCGUCCAUUACCGCCAAAUGUAACCCAGCUGAUUCACACUUCUAGUUCAACUGUAACUUCGUCAAUGUCCAGUCCAACACCGAAGACAUAUAACGUGACUGCAUCACCAGGAAAACACACUUCCACAACAUCUGGGAAAAUUGUCUUCACAGCAACACACACAGCUUCCACAACAUCAUGGACAUCCCGCCAAACCUCUCAGAGGACCACAACAAUGGAGGAGACAUCUGUCACCACAUCAAUUACGGCUAGAAUUACAGCUUCGUCCACGACUGAGAAAGAAAAUAUGAUCACAAUGUCCUCACAUUCCUCUAGCAGCUUCUCUCCCACAAGCACUGGAGACAUUGGUGCUUUGUCUAAUACAGCCACAAAGGGCAUCACUGCAGGGAUUUUAAUAGUUGUAAUUAUUGCUGGAUUGGCAGCUACAGUAGCCGUUCUUUUUUGGCGUCGACGUUCAAAGCUACCUGGUGGACAUUCUGUAGAAAUGAUGACCCAGAAUUCUGGCUCAGAUCAGCCCUUAAUGAAGCCGCACACCUUCACAAGCAGCUGUCCUCCAGACCCUGUUACACCUCCAGUCACUCCUUAUAAAGACUCUUCCGGGAGCACAUAUAUUAAUGCUCCUCUUUCUGCUUAAAAUGCUUACCAGGGCAAGUUAAAUAGAAAAUAUUUCAUGUGUGGACAACAGCAUUAUGAUCAAAAUGCUAUGUUUACAAUGAAAAUGCAGCAGACAAUCCUGAAACAGUGAAUCCAAGACAAGAAAAAAAAAUCCUUCUAAACAUCCUUCAUUGUAAUGGCCAGUUUUAUUCUAGUAUUUUCUAGCUCUAUAGCAAUAUUUAGAUCAUCAGACCCACUUUCGUGCAUUUCUACAGAACUUCAGCUGCAUUUGCUUUAUCUGCGUUGCAUGACACUUGUAUGUGCUCUCAGUAUCUUUUCACUUAAAAAGUGCAGAAAUGGCCUUAAAUCUAAGUUCUUUUACAGACAGUUCGUGUGUUUGUUAUUACUUUCACACAAUAUUAAAGUUUUUUAUUUAUUUAUUUGAAGUAUAUACAGGAUAAUUUUUUUUACGUGUUAAACUGGAAAUAAUGAAUAUAUGAGUUAUAUUUUUCCAAAAACCUGCAGAUUUUGUGUGUGCAAUCCCAAAUGUCUGGUACAGUGGACACAGCAUUAUAUUAUAUAUGUUAUAGUGACCCUAUAUAAAUAUAUAAUAAAUGUGUUGUGGCGUUUAAUAUGCAGCAGUAAACUUUGAACAAUAUGUACAUAAUGGGUAAUGUUUUUGCUCUCAGAACUGAGAAGUUAAAGUAAUAUAGAAGUUUAAUAAUUGGGCUCUGUGCCCCAGCAGACUGUUUGACAUGAAAAAAUGACCAUACAUUUAUUUGCUUGCUUUAAGUGUAUUUACGUGUAUGAACCAUAUAGGAAUCAUUUUAAUACUAUUCUUGUACAUACACUCCUGGGCAAAAAAAUGGGCCAAGCCCAAAAUGGCAAAAUAUUAAGCUUUUAAUGGUCUUAACAACAAAUCAUUGGUCAGGAAAUUAGCAAGAAUUAAACAAAUAACUAAAGGAACUCAGUAUGGGUUUAAGACUUGUGGCCCUUGAUGGACUGCAUCAGGUGUGGCAGAUAACCAAAUAACAUCCCAGAAGAUAUUUUUAGAAAGUUUUGUACACCCAGAUGUGUGUUAUUUUACCUUUGCAUACAAGAAGAAUAUAUAAGUGACUUUUCCUGUUUCUAGCUUUUCCUGAAGCAGUGCACUACAGCAAAAGUAAACCAGCAAAUGGUGGCACAGGAGCUCUCAGGAGUGUGUUUGUUUAAUUCUUGCUAAUUGUAUGACAAAUGUUUUUUAUUUUUUUUAUUUAUUUUAUUUUUUUUUCGUUAAGACCAUUAAAAGCUUAAUAUUUUGCCAUUUUGGGCUUGGCCCAUUUUUUUGCCCAGGAGUGUAGUCAUCUAUUUUCAGAAAAAAGCAUGAGCAAUCUGAUGAUGUAAGAUCAGUUAAAUAAAGUAAGUUAAGUAAGUUGC